CAUGGAGCGCGGCCCCACGAGCCCGCAGCCGCUGGGACACGGGGUGGCGACCACACCAGCGCCGGAGGACCGACAAGAGAACCGGCUUGCAGCGGCAGACGGUCCCGGGGCGCGGGCGACGGAGAGCGGCGGCGCGGGCGGGCAGGGGGCGGCGGCCGGCACGGGGAGCUUCUUCGACCCCGCGUCUCCCGCGGGCUCCUCCUCCUCCACCUCCUCCUCCUCGGCCGUCCCGGGCGCCGACUCGAGGGAGCCCGCAGAGGAGAGCGCGGCGGCGCCGGCGGGAGGGCGGCGGGAGGUGACCGCCCGGCCAGAGCCAGCUGCGGCCGGGGACGCGCGCACCUGCCCCGAGGAGCCCCGCCGUGCCCGCGGCGCCUGCAGCAGCGCCAGCGACCCGAGCCCGCCCGAGGACUCGCCGAGCCUAGAUUCCCUGGAGUCCUUCUCCAACCUGCACUCUUUCCCCAGCAGCUCCGAGUUCAACAGUGAGGAGGGCGCGGAGAGCCGGAUCCCCGAGGAGGGGCAGGAGGGCGCGGCGGGGGCGCCCGGGGCUGCGCCUCUGUGCCGGGGGGGGAGGACGAAGACGACGCCGCACUGGGGCCAGCGGCCACCAAGGAGCGCUUCCCCGGGCAGUCGUGUGUAUCACAUCAAGUGGAUCCAGUGGAAGGAAGAGAACACACCCAUCAUCACCCAGAAUGAGAACGGGCCCUGCCCUUUGCUGGCCAUCCUCAAUGUUUUGCUUCUGGCCUGGAAGGUGAAACUCCCCCCAAUGAUGGAAAUCAUCACUGCUGAGCAGCUGAUGGAAUAUUUAGCCUGAAUGAUACCAUUUCUUCUACCCUUCAAAUUAACCUACAUGCCAGUGUACUCUUAAAGCAUCAGCUUCACUCUUCAUUCCUCUGUUUAAAAACCGGCCAAGUGUGGUAGUGCACACCUGUAAUCCCAGGACUCAGAAUGCUGAGGGAAGAGGAUCACCUUGAGUUGAAGGCUAAACUGCAUAGGAAGAUCCUGUCUCAGACAACUGACAUAGCAUAACCAAAAGAGCCCUGGGUAUGUACCUCAGUGGUAGAGUGUCCAAAGAGUCCAAAGAGCUCGCUGCAGCACCCAUGCCGUGGAUUAAUCACCACUGACAGGAAGGCCCUAAAUAUGAUUCUCUUGGUUUGACUGUAUAUACUUUACAAUUCAAGAGAGACUUCAGUAAAUUUGGAGCAGGGCUGUUUGCUGUCCUGUCAGGAUUCUUGAAGAUGUUUUUUCAUAGUGAGACAAUGGAACUGAUCUUAGCUGCCGGAGGAGUCCUUCUUUUCUGUGGAUUUAUCAUUUAUGACAUUCACUCACUGAUGCAUACGUUAUCUCCUGAAGAGUAUGUAUUAGCUGCUAUCAGCGUCUACCUGGAUAUUAUCAAUCUAUUCCUACAUCUGUUACAGUCUUUGGAAGCAGUAUUUAAGACUGUUUCAUUAAGUGAUAGUUUGAUAUUAAACAAAAUUUAAACAUCUGCUUUAUAUUGAUAGCCACUUGUAAUCCCCUUCCCUUGAGUGCUAAAUGGAUUUACCAAUGCACUUCUAAAGAAUAAAACGUGACAGAAGGAACAAGUCACUUCCACUUACGCAGUUCUGUUGCUCAGCUGCUCACUCCAAGGCCAGCCAGGCAGGGAACGCACAGGGCUGGGGCGGCACAGAACUGCAGUCUUGGUCCCACAGCCCAUGGGGAGCUGGCCCACCCAUAACCUGUUGAGGGCACCUGGGCUGCUCCCCGUCCCCAGGACGGCUGAGCCCACUGCGCCUCUGCCUAUGGCCUUGAAGACCCCACCCUGACUCCCAGCCCACCGAUUCUACAAACAGCCUGAAGCCAGAACAUUUUGGAGAGAUCUGUUACACAGAUCAGCGAACUAGCACAGAGACAUUAUGGUAAAGUCAGACUUAUGUGAGGUCAUAUUGUACUACAGAUCAAACCCAGGGCCUGGAGCAUCCUACACAUUUAUUCUACCACUGAGCUAUACCCUAGCCCUGAGAAUAACAUUUUAAAAAGCUGAGUUUGAGUUUUUAAGGGGCCAUCUUUCAAUUUUACAUACGUAUGUAAAUAAGCACAUAAGAAUGCUGUCUUAUGUACCUGUCCCCAGUCAAAAAUACCAUUUCAAUCAAAUAUUUCUUGAAAAUCAAUACAUCUGGCAGUGGAUUACAGUAAACAGGAUAAAAACCAAGCCUGUAAUCCCAGCACUCGGGAGGCUGAGGUAGGAGGAUGGCUACGAGUUCAAGGUCAGCCUGAAUUCGCCUACAUAAUGAGCUCAAGGCUGAACUACAAAGCAAGACCCUGACUCAAAAAAAAGAUAAGAUAUACAGUUUGUUCUUUUUUUUUUUUUUUUUUUUUUUUUGCCUUUUUCCUUUUUAUCGGUACCGGGGAUCGAACUCACCACUGCCUGCUUGCAAGGCAGGCACUUAUGCCGCUGAGCUAAAUCCCCAGCCCCUACAGUUUGUUCUUAAAAAAAACUAUUAAUUUUGUUGGGCAAAGAACACUAGGUACCACAGAAAAGGAUAACAAUAAAGUAUAAAUGUAAUAAAUGCUUAAAUACCACACGAUUUUGAAAAAAACACAUUGAUAGAGCCCACAGAGCUUAGAUGCUUCCUUUGCGGCAGUAGUCUAUACUACAUUCAGAAAAAUGCGCAGACCCUGGAGAGGGAGUGGGACAAAGAGCGCUCUGUGAGGGAGAGCGCCAGGCAGGAGGGCUGGAGCUGCUGCUCAGAGGUAGAGCACUUCCCUAGAAUGUGCAAGGCCCUGGGAUCAAUCCCCAGCACUGGGGGCAGCAGAGGGGGUGAAAUCAUGCCAUAUGAGCAGUUUAUAAGAUGACUAACACAUAAGAUUUACACCCAAGGUGGUAGGAACAGGGCUGAAUUAGUAAACUGACAGAAUUAUAGGAAUCCUAAUAUCCUGGGAAGUUCAGUUGUAAAAGAUCACGGAGAAAAAAAGAAGAAGAAAAGUGUAAAAAAAAAUCAAAGGGGCUGGGGAUUUAGCUCAGCGGCAUAAGCACCUGCCUUACAAGCAGGUGGUCGUGAGUUUGAUCCCCGGUACCGAUAAAAAGAAAAAAGAAAAAAAAAAGUGUAAAAGAUCACAGGGACCUUUAAGCUUUCUGUCUUGUUUUCCAAGUUGGAAUCAUAUUUAGGGCCUUCCUGUCAGUGGUGAUUAAUCCACGGCAUGGGUGCUGCAGCGAGCUCUUUGGACUCUUUGGACACUCUACCACUGAGGUACAUACCCAGGGCUCUUUUGGUUAUGCUAUGUCAGUUGUCUGAGACAGGAUCUUCCUAUGCAGUUUAGCCUUCAACUCAAGGUGAUCCUCUUCCCUCAGCAUUCUGAGUCCUGGGAUUACAGGUGUGCACUACCACACUUGGCCGGUUUUUAAACAGAGGAAUGAAGAGUGAAGCUGAUGCUUUAAGAGUACACUGGCAUGUAGGUUAAUUUGAAGGGUAGAAGAAAUGGUAUCAUUCAGGCUAUGAUAUAUCAAUAGAGAAAGAAAGACAAAUUUUAAGGAAAAGAAUUACAAGACCUUGCUAUUAAUGGGACAGCCCAAACAAACAGAAAUCAAGAAACAAAAACCUGGUAUCUACAUUAGGCCAAAUAAUGGAAAACAGGGUUUAGCAACAGUUAAAUUUAUCUCAGAUGAACACUUAAACAUUUGAAGAAGAUGUAACAGUCAACUUCAGGCAAAAUGUUUUUUUGUAAUUUAUUCAAAAGCAAAGGCAAAAUUAAUGCACUGACACUGACCACUUUUCACAGCACAUGUAUAUUCAAAAGACUAAUUACUUUUAUAGAAAUCAGACAAAAUUCUGGCACUUUGAGAGGCUGAAAUAGAAGGAUUACAGGUUCAAGGCUAAUUUGGGAAACAUUAACAACAUAAUGAGAACUUUUCUCAAAAGUUAGACAAUGCUGCCAGGCACAGUGGUACACACCUGUAAUCCCAGCACUCAGGAGGCUGAGGCAGGAUUGCUGUGUGUUCAAAACCAGCCUGGACUACAUUGUGAGUUCAAGGCCAACCUGAACUGCAUAGUGAAACCCUAUCUCAAAAAGACCAAAAACAAACUGAUGAAGUUAGACAAUGCUACCAAUGCCUAACAACUAUCUUUCUUCCUAUCAUACAUUGGUUAUACUAUCAUAUUAUCAUGACUGGUAAAGUCACAAUACACAUUCUAGCAUGUAAUAAGCAUUUUAUUUUAUCCCUCUCAGCAUCUCACCUUCUGCUGACAGGGCCUCCCCACCUUAUUUUAUCAGGGAUCUCAAUGCGUUGUGUUUCUCUAUGCAAACCUUUCCCACAAGCCACUUUCAUGCUGGAUCUGACACUCAUACUCUAGGACAGAGAGGGAAACUACAGCACUCAUGUGGAGGCUGUUCAUAUCACUGAAAACUCCAAAAAGUCUGCCAUCAUUACUCUAGGAACAGAAAUUCCCAAAAUGAAAUUUUUUCUCUUCUCCAACCUGUGCCAUCAGAAUUCCCAUCUGUUGCAGUACCUCACAUACAGUACCACUGUAUGUAAGACCUUAUCUCAAAAAUACAAAGAACAGGAGGCUGAGGGAGGAGAGUCACCAAGAGUUUGAGGCCAGGCUGGGCUAUGUAGUGAGAGCAAGGGCAGCCUGGACUACAGAGUACGCCUGGAUACACUGUUUUGUCUCAAGACGAAAGAAAAAAAAAACAUAAAACAAAAACCAAAAACCAAAAUAUAUCUUGAGCACUAGAAUACAUCUAGUGAUAGAAAGUCUGCUCAGCAAUGUGCAAGCUAGGGGCUGGGGGUUUAGCUCAGCGGCAUAAGCGCCUGCCUUGCAAGCAGGCAGUCGUGAGUUCAACCCCCAGUACCGAUAAAAAGGAAAAAGGAAAAAGACAAAAACAAAACAAACAAACAAACAAACAAAACCCAGCAAUGUGCAAGCUCUUGGUUUGAUUCCUAACACAGCCAAAAAACCAAACCAACCAAUAAAAAUAGUAACAACAAAACCAUUU